AUGUCCAGCACACCACAUGACCCUUUCUAUUCUUCUCCUUUUGGCCCAUUUUAUAGGAGACACACACCAUACAUGGUGCAACCAGAGUACCGAAUAUAUGAAAUGAACAAGAGGCUGCAGUCGCGGACGGAGGAUAGUGACAACCUCUGGUGGGAUGCCUUUGCAACUGAAUUUUUUGAAGAUGAUGCAACCUUAACACUUUCAUUUUGUUUGGAAGAUGGACCAAAGCGAUACACAAUUGGAAGGACCCUCAUUCCUCGUUAUUUUAGCACUGUCUUUGAAGGAGGUGUAACAGACCUGUAUUACAUUCUCAAGCACUCAAAAGAGUCAUACCACAACUCAUCCAUCACAGUGGACUGUGAUCAAUGCACCAUGGUCACUCAGCAUGGAAAACCCAUGUUUACCAAGGUAUGCACAGAAGGACGUCUUAUCUUGGAGUUUACUUUUGAUGAUCUUAUGAGAAUAAAAACAUGGCACUUUACUAUUAGACAAUACAGAGAAUUAGUCCCACGCAGCAUUCUAGCCAUGCAUGCACAAGACCCUCAGGUGCUGGAGCAGCUGUCCAAAAACAUCACUCGAAUGGGUCUGACAAACUUCACCCUCAACUACCUCAGGUUGUGUGUAAUACUGGAGCCAAUGCAAGAGCUGAUGUCAAGACAUAAAACUUACAAUCUAAGUCCUCGAGACUGCUUGAAGACUUGCUUGUUUCAGAAAUGGCAAAGAAUGGUGGCCCCACCAGCAGAACCCACAAGACAACCAACAACCAAACGGAGAAAAAGGAAAAAUUCUACCAGCAGCACUUCCAACAGUAGUGCUGGGAACAACGCAAAUAGUACCAACAGCAAGAAAAAGUCAGCUGCUGCAAACCUGAAUCUAUCAAGUCAGGUACCUGAUGUGAUGGUGGUAGGAGAACCAACUCUGAUGGGAGGCGAAUUCGGGGAUGAAGACGAAAGGCUUAUCACUAGAUUAGAGAAUACACAGUAUGAUGCAGCAAAUGGCAUGGAUGAUGAAGAAGAUUUCAACAAUUCACCUGCACUGGGAAAUAACAGCCCGUGGAACAGCAAACCUCCUGCUAGCCAGGAGACUAAAUCUGAAAACCCCACACCACAAGCUUCCCAAUAG